AUAAAUUGAAGAUAACUAUAUAUUAUUGCGUCAAAACCCUAGAUAUUAUAUUAGUACCAUUGCUUUCCUCAUUCAGAUCCUUCUGUCACCUCUCUGCAAAACUCUCUCUCUCUCUCUAGAAUUCAACUCUCCAAGAUUUCGUUAAGAUUAGUUGAGUUUAUUAUUUCGAAAUGUCUGGUCAUCGGAGUAGCCAUGGGAAACGGUCUCACUCUGACUAUUCUGAUAGUGGGGGAAAUAAAAGAAGAAACUCUGGAGGCGAUAAAGAUCAAUUCUCUAUUGGGUCUGAUGAUACAGUGUACCGCUACUUGUGCCCAGGAAAGAAGAUUGGAAGUAUUAUCGGAAGGGGAGGGGAGAUAGUCAAGCAACUGAGAGUAGACACAAAAUCGAAGAUCAGAAUCGGUGAAUCUGUGCCGGGAUGUGAAGAACGUGUUGUCACUAUUUACAGUGCUAGUGAAGAAACAAACGAUUUUGAAAGUUCCGAUGGGCGUAUUUGUCCUGCCCAAGAUGCCCUUUUCAAGGUGCAUGAUAGAAUUGUUGCUGAUGACACUGCAGUAGAAGACGACUUAGAAGAAGUCCACCAAGUUACUGUUCGACUUCUAGUACCAUCUGAUCAGAUUGGGUGGUGUAUCAUUGGAAAGGGUGGGCAGAUAGUUCAGAACAUUCGCGGUGAAACUGGUGCGCAGGUUCGCAUUGUAAAGGAUGAUCAUUUGCCGACGUGUGCAUUGAGUUCAGAUGAACUUGUACAGAUAUCAGGCGAUGCUUCCAUGGUGAGGAAAGCUCUUUAUCAAAUUGCAUCCCGACUUCAUGAUAAUCCAUCCCGAUCCCAGCAUCUGCUAUCUUCUUCUGUUCCUACUGCAUACUCUUCUGGUAGUUCAGUUAUGGGGACAACUGGCGGCGCUCCAAUGAUGGUAGUGGGUCCGUAUGGGGGAUUUAAGGGUGAGAGUGCGGAUUGGUCUAGGCCUAUGUACCCUGCCCCAAGGAAUGAAGUAUCAUCAAGAGAAUUCUCACUUCGUUUGGUUUGCCCAACUGCCAGUAUUGGUGGUGUCAUUGGAAAGGGUGGCACGAUAAUCAAUCAAAUAAGGCAAGAUUCUGGGGCAGUUAUUAAAGUUGAUAGCUCAGUCUCUGCAGGAGAUGAUUGUGUGAUAUCUAUCUCUGCAAAAGAGAUUUUCGAAGAUACCUUUUCUCCGGCAAUCGAUGCAGCUCUGCGCUUGCAGCCAAGGUGCAGUGAUAAGGUUGAAAGAGACUCUGGUCUUGUUUCCUUUACCACCCGAUUACUUGUUCCUACUUCUAGAAUUGGGUGUCUUAUUGGGAAAGGGGGUUCCAUAAUAUCAGACAUGAGGAGAGUCACCAAGGCCAAUAUCCGAAUACUGUCCAAAGAAAACCUGCCUAAAGUUGCCUCUGAUGACGACGAGAUGGUGCAGAUUUCUGGAGAUCAUGAUAUUGCCAAGGAUGCUCUUAUACAAGUCCUGUCGCGGCUGAGGGCCAACCUUUUUGAAAAGGAGGGUGCUAUGCCUGCAUUUAUGCCUGUUCUCCCUUAUAUUCCAAUGUCAAAUGAUGGUCCAGAGAGCUUGAAUUAUGAAAGUAGAGAUGCCAAGAACCGUGGCCGUGGCCAUUCUUACUCUGGUGGAUAUGGGGGUGGUUCUGAUUUACCCCAUGUGGAUACCUAUGGUGGUUAUGGCGGUCAUCAGAGUGGUGGUGGCAGCCCACCUUAUGGUGCUUAUGGGAGUUAUUCAUCUGGUCGUUCUGUUGAUUCUAGGUUAUCUGGGCGUCCUGUUUCACGUGGGAGGAACUAUGACUACUAGAGGAGGUUAUUUAAAUUACAGAUGUUAAUUCCAGAAGAAUGAAUUAUGCUUUGGGCUGAGGAUCUGAGUUAUAAUGGCCGAUGCGAACAGAUUGGGUUGGUCGGCACCUGCUCGCGUUGGAUACAUUUUUCUGGUAAUAUUUUUACUGUUUUUAAGAAUUAACAAAGACGUAAUCGUCAUUGGAGUUUGUGCUCAGUUGGACCAAACUCUGUGCAACUGACCUUGGAUCUGUUGGGAGGUUAUGUCGUUCUAUUUGUAUAUCAAUAUCUUGAGCCGUCAAUACAUAACCUUAGUCUGAUUUGCUCCUGAUUACCUAACAUCUAUGCUUGCUUCUUAGGUUUUAACGGAUUGGGGCCUGGCUGUGUUGGAGAUUAGGUAAUUUUGCGUUGAACUCCAUCACUUUUGUGUCUUAAAUUCGCAAUUAAUUUUUUUGAGGUUACGGUACCUGCUAUAUAAUGGUUCAAAAUCCGUAACAGUAUUUCGCCAUCAUUAGAUCUGCAUUAUGGAUAUGCUGGUUUUUUUGUUAUUGUUGUUUAUACGCCCAUAUUCUUUUUUCGUCUGCCGGGCUGAGUGUCCGAUUCGUUCUUGCAUUCUUUCACGUCUCCAGUUUGCAUACAUGCAUGUGGUCUCUUACGAGACUGUACUUUUGAAGCUGAAGAGUAUUUUCACGAAUGCUCUAUGUUCAUAUAUUGUAAUGCUUUUUUCUUUUCUUUUCUUUGGAGCCUAAUUUUAUAUUGAUUUGCAUCUUAGAGGGAAAUAAGCAAAUAAUUCGACUCGAAUAUAGAGAAUUUGAAACUAAGAGGAUAUUUGAUAUUCUUUCGUGCAAUGUGUGGCUUUUGCAUUUGAUUUCAUAUUAUUGAUCCAAAAUCAAAAUUUUUUUUUUAAUAUCCAUGGUGUAAUAACUGGUAGUUAUAUUUUCUAUCUAACAUUUAUUAUUAAGUUUGAUUUGUGCUUCAUGUCUAUAUAUUAAGGUCACUUUGAUGAAGUCAUAGGUGUAAUAGUAGUUGCUUUUUGACCAUUAAAAAUUGUUUGAAUAAUGUGGUAGGAGUGGUAGCUAGGUUUAAAUGUAUAUUAAACUUCUCUGCAGGUGAUAUUUCUAAUUGUAAUUAUUGAAAUAAUUUGAAAAUCUAACUUAAAAGUUGGUUUGGUGUUCAGCAAUUUUGUAUAUCCUAUAGGGUUUUGUUUGAUUUGUAAGAUAAACAAAUAAUGGUUAAUAAAUCUUACCUAGUGUUUGAUUAA